AUGGCGUCCACGGCCCAGACGUCCGAGCCCGAGAUCCCCGACAACCACCGGGAGAGCUGGCAGGCGCUGCUGGCGGCGGCCGAGGCCUACGGCCAGAAGUCCGGCUGCGACCUGGCGCUGCUGACCGCCUGCAGGCGCUUCCGCCCGUCCGGCGGCGGCGCCGGCGGCCAGGGGGGCGGCGAGGGCGGGCCGGCCUUCCCCCGGGAGUGCGACUUCUCCUACGGCGUGUGGGGGCCGGGCUUCCUGGCCGAGUCGGCGCGGCGCUACGUGGACGACAUCGGCGUGCUGCACUCCACCACCAUGCUGACCGCCCAGAGGCACACGCGCCCGGCCGGACAGGAGGGGGGCGGGGCCAAGCAGCCGCCGGCGCCGGUGGACCUGACCCCUGACCCGGGGCGCAGAGGGAGCUACCCGUCCAUCUACAGCCCGGGGACAACGGCGGCGCCGUCGGACGGCGAGGAGGAGAGCACGGACGGGUCCCUGAGCGAGGACGCCCCCCCGCCCCUGCCGACUGCGUCCCGCGGGAUGGCGGUGGGCCCGGCGGCCUUCUCCGCCCGCCACGCCCAGCUGGCGCUGGCCCGCUCGCUGCCCGUGUCGGUGCCCGUGUGGGGCUGCCGGGGCGGGCGGGGGCAGGGCGACAGCAACAGCGGAGAACGGGCCCUACUGGCCCCCGGGGCCACCGACGGCACCGAGAUGUUCGGCGCCCUGCCCCGGCCCCGCCUCAACACGGGGGACUUCUCCCUCAAGCACUGA